ACUCUUUUGGGCUGAAAAAAAAUGAAAAACUCGCAGUAUUCCAGAGCACUAGAGAGAAGUCGUCUUUUUAUUGUGGUUAUUGGCGAGUGUGGUCAGUUAAAGUCUCUGUGCACAUUAGUACUCGGCGAAUCAGAUACUGCGCCAGUGUUGGCACAUAAAUGCUCUCGCGCACUGCGUGGACAGGCACUUGUGGCCACGCGCGGUCUGCAUUGCGUCGAAGCCUCCCCUCCCCCAUCUCGCUCCCAUGUGCAAUACAGUGCAACAAUAUGUUGGGCAUGAUUAAGGAAUUAUUCCCUCUCCGCUUAUUGAUCUCUCCUUUAAGAAGCCUUUCGCUUCCAUACCCCCCCUGUCAGUGCGUCCCGAUAAAACAGACCGCUCGUCAUCUUGUCUACUCGUAAGAGGGAAAUUUUGCUGAUGCAGUGAUGUCUGGAAAUGGUAUGGUUCGCUUUUGCCCCCUUAAUGUAUCUCCCGCCUGAGCUGAGCUGCAGCAUUACAAUUUCUCAUGCAGUAUAAGCCAUUUACACCAAGGUGCCGCCGCACGAGCAGGAGCGGAGGGAGGACGUUGCGGCUUGAUGUUUUUCUUUUCAGUCUUUUAGCACACGUUUCAACUGAAUGUGAAGCAGCUUCGUAAGGCAACUUAUUUAAGCCAUAUUUAUUUUAUUGCUAUUUGCUCGUUUGCGAAUGUCGUGAGUCGUUUUGCGUUAUGGAUGUGACAUUUAUGGACCGCAGCCGAACGGUCUGAAAGUGAGAAGAUGUGAAGAAGCCUUUUUCAUGCAGCAAAAGGGAAUUGAGGGUGCAUUGCUGACAGGAGACAGCCGGCAGAAGACGCAUUCCUUCAGUAACGAGAGGCAGCCGUAGUGGAUGCAGUGGAAAGGAACGAUGGUCGAAUCAGUGACAACUGCAGUGGGGCCACGCUGAGGAAAAGAUCAAGUUAUCCCCUGUACCAGGAUAGAUUUGAAGAACUGGAGAAAAGGAAGGAAAGCAACGCCUUUGGGAGGGCAGUUGGAUGUCUACUUCAUUAAAUUAACUCCUGCGGAGCUUCAACUUUGACCUGCAGGAUGACAGUUGUGGCUGGGGACAACAUGGAUGAGACCUCUGCCGUGCCGGGGCAUCCGCAGGACACAUACCCCCCUGACCAUGACGAUCAUGAAUGCUGCGAACGGGUGGUCAUCAAUAUAGCGGGCCUGCGCUUCGAGACGCAGCUCAAAACUCUCGCCCAGUUUCCAGAGACUCUCUUAGGUAACCCAAAGAAGCGGAUGCGUUAUUUCGAUCCCUUGAGAAACGAGUACUUCUUUGACAGAAAUCGUCCGAGCUUUGAUGCCAUCCUGUACUAUUAUCAGUCCGGCGGACGAUUGAGAAGGCCGGCGAAUGUCCCGUUGGAUAUGUUCUCAGAAGAAAUUAAGUUCUAUGAACUUGGGGUGGAGGCAAUGGAGAAGUUUCGUGAAGAUGAGGGCUUUAUCCGUGAGGAGGAGCGACCUUUACCAGAGAAAGAGUUUCAGCGACAAAUCUGGCUUCUGUUUGAGCACCCCGAGAGCUCAGGGCCAGCCAGAGGAAUUGCUAUUGUGUCUGUUAUGGUCAUUUUAAUUUCCAUCGUCAUUUUCUGUUUGGAGACUUUACCUGAACUGAAAGAGGACCCUGAGGGGCAUAUAAAGACUAUAGGCAACACCACCUACUACUACAAACCAAGCAUUCUGGCCGAUCCAUUCUUCAUCAUUGAGACCCUCUGCAUUAUCUGGUUUUCAUUUGAAUUGAUAGUGCGCUUCUUUGCAUGCCCAAGCAAAGCGGCCUUCUUUAAGAACAUGAUGAACACCAUUGACAUUGUGGCUAUUAUCCCCUACUUCAUCACGCUGGGCACAGAGUUAGCAGAGGAACAAGACGGAAAAGAGGGAAAGGGCGAGCAGGCAACAUCACUGGCCAUCCUCAGGGUGAUCCGUCUGGUCAGGGUGUUCAGGAUCUUCAAGCUGUCCAGGCACUCCAAAGGCCUUCAGAUUUUAGGGCAGACCCUCAAAGCCAGUAUGCGAGAGCUCGGAUUGCUUAUUUUCUUCCUCUUCAUUGGCGUUAUAUUGUUCUCCAGUGCUGUGUAUUUUGCAGAAGCAGAGGAAAAGGAGUCCUACUUCAGCAGCAUCCCAGACGCAUUCUGGUGGGCAGUUGUGUCGAUGACUACCGUAGGCUACGGGGACAUGGUCCCAGUGACCAUAGGGGGCAAGAUUGUGGGUUCCUUGUGCGCCAUCGCUGGUGUGCUGACCAUUGCCCUCCCCGUGCCAGUCAUUGUGUCCAACUUCAACUAUUUCUACCAUAGAGAAACCGAAGGAGAGGAGCAGGCCCAACUCCUGAACGUGAGCAACCCGAACAUUGCCUCCGAUUCAAACUCCAGUCGCCGCAGCUCCUCGACCGUCAGCAAGUCUGAGUACAUGGAGAUAGAUGGAGACAUAAACAACAGCAUUGACAAUUUCAGAGAGGCCAACCUCAGAACUGGCAACUGCACUAUCCCCAAUCAGAACUGUGUGAACAAAAGUAAGCUGCUAACCGAUGUCUAGAGGCACAGUAGAAAAGUCAGUCACGUACUGACUGAAGUCACAUAUGAAUGCUUACUUUACCUCCUCUCGUGAGCCCUUGCAAUGCGAAUAACUCUACAAUGCAGAUGAAAGAAAAAUACUACACCAAAACAUAUAGAACAUAACUGCAACAAAUGAGGCAGACGAUUCAGUAUAUACAUUUCCAAAGAGGAUGAAUGAGAAAAAAAGCCUCCUCAAGCAUCUAGCUAGCGUCCAUGGGCAUUGAAGGACUCUCGAUGGCGGGAUUACUAAAACAUCACGCAUGGACUGCAGACUACAUUUCCGCAAGCUGCACACUGCAUCUGGGAAAGUGCAUAAAAGACCAAGUGCAGUGUUCGGUGGACGCCUCAUCCGUAGGUGGUCUUCCCCAACUGACCAGCAAAGCACCUUAUAUGAACAAGACUUAUCUUCUGCUGGGAUGCUACGGAGGCCAAGGUCAUCGCCUCAUGGACAUCCGCAUUGCUGCUAUUUUCCAGCAGAUGCUGUAAUUUAGAUAUCACCAAGUGAUUAAAUGCCAUGCCCUUUAGAUAAAAGACAGCACAAUGCCGAAGGAGGAGCCUCAUAGUUAGCAUGUUUAGAUUAUCCUCAUUUUGAUAUUGGCAUGCGUCGGACAUUACCUCAUGAAGAUAGGAAAUCCAUUCCUGUUUUGCUUUUGAAUUUUUUGCGUUCAGCUCCAUCAGCUCCCCUCUACAUCGACCUCCUCUCAUUGGUCGCCAUGAAAAGUGCACUAGUGUGUCAUGAUUUGAGAUGCUUAUCAUUUAGGUGUAUUUAAAGACUGAAUGUUUAACCUUACGGGAAACAGAAUCUUAAUGAUAUCAUAGCAUGUCAGAAGAACCUGCAUUAUGGCCUAAUCAACUAAGGUACUGUGUAUCCUAGUAUAUUUAAUGCAUGACAUCGGUAUAAUACAGCUUGUUGCAAUUGAGAUACCUCAUAAGGGUGUCAUUGUUACAAUCAGGGAAACUAGGGACAUCGAUUCCUUGAUAUUUUCUGAAAUGUGACAAAAUAUAUAUGCAAGCCCCAACGCUGGGAUGCAAACUUUUCAAUCUAAAAAGUAGUCGAGGACACAGAAAAAGAACUAUCAAGAUACUAUCAAAUGCAUAUACUCAUACUAAGCGCACCUGUUAAAAAAAUUAUAUAACUUAAAUAGUGCAGUGCAUGGGCAUUCUCUCUCUUGAGAGAGAGAUAAAAAAAACAAAACACAAAAAAAAGAAAACUAUGGGCAAUUAUACUUCACGCUUCCAUUUUGCGAUCAAAUUUAGGAUAUCAAGAAUUGCUUAAUUUAUCUUAGCAGGAUGCAAAAGAGAACAUGGCAGAAUUACUCACAUUAGUUGCUAGUGCCUUUGACCCUCUCAGCAACCGGACAGGUGAAAGUGCCUCUGAGUAACUGGAGUUUUAGGCAGGGCAAGGGAACAAUAUCUGCUCUAGAACUGUCAUAAUGUAUGUAGAGGCUGGUCAUUACAGUGUAUACAGAGUGCUUUUCAUUUUUUUGACGAUUUUUUUUGUUGUUGAUGUUGGUGUUGUUUUAAUCGUGACACAUGGUUGUCAGGCACAAACCCGAAACUUUAUGUGUUUUCAUACGACAGCUGAGCUUGAAUAUGAAAUCAGAUAUAUGAUUUUCGCAUGACAGGACCUUUCAGAGUUUUGGAUCUGCCUUUCAUUGUAGUUUUGAUUAUGUUGUGCCAUAAUUAAAAAGUCUACCUCAGUGAGGUCGCCGCACAGCUCACUGCAGAGCAGAACAUGAGAGUACAUAACAGCCUAUGAAGUGUGAUGAUGCGCCAGAAAUAAUACACUUAGAGUACCCCAGAAUUAGCCUUUUUUUCCAAGCACUUAUAACAAACGCAACAAUGCGACAACCCCUGACCCCUUGGAUCUGUAACGCUCCCUUGCUAAGCACAAUCAACAUCUACUUGGUUGUUUCACAGUCUUUUUUAAAAAAUAGAGAGACCUGGGAAGAAACAAUAGCACAGGCUUUCCUAUACCACAGGGUAUAAACUAGAAUAUGGGUGUCCAGUCCUGCUCCUGGAGGUCCAAUGCAAAAUCCCAAUCCUGGGGGUGUCCAAACUUGGUUCUGGAAGGCUGACCACUUUUCUGCAAAGUUUAGCUUCAACUUGCUUCAACAGUGUCUAGAAGUUUCUAAUAUGCCUAGCAAGACCUUGUUUAGCAAAAUCAUGUGUGGUUAAUUAAGACAGACGCUAAAAUAUGCAGGACAGUGGCAUUCUAGGAACAGGAUUGGACAUCUCUGCCUCUGAAUACACACAUCCAUGCUGCUUUGGGUGUUGGAUAGAGCUCAUCUAAGGUUGGCUUGGCAGAUAUGUGCAUCAUGGGCACAUAGCAGCAGAAAAAGGGGCAAAGCCAGCCCCUCCUGAAAGCUAAGACGAUGAAUGGGACAUCCUUUCCCAGUCUCUGGGACUUAAUGGUCACUGUUAGUGCACAAGAGUGCAAAUGCACACCAAGUGUGAAAUGUUGGAUUAUUUUAGAUGGUUCCUAUUGAAUCUUUUAGUGAUUUUAAUUAUGGUUGGAGUUAAACUCUGCAGGACAGUAGACCUUCUUGGUGCAAGUUAAGGCAUACCUUAACUAGACUAUCCAUUUGAAAAGCUAAAAAUUGACAAAAAUCUUGUCAUUUUAAAAUAUGUCCUCUAAAACAAGUCUACUUGAUGUUAAAAGUCCAAAUUAUGAACCCUGCACCCACCAAAAACUACUUUUGAUUGAAAGUGAAAUCUUGUGUAGGCCGUUCCAGUGUAUAUGGCUAAAGCUUUCCUUUCUCCAUGAUAAUUAAAAAUGCUUCAGAAUGUCCCUCAUUAAAUGAGUUUGUUUGAGGCUAUUUUCAUUUACCAAACACAAGCAAGUCUGCCAGACCAGCUCGUAAACAAGUUUCCUGAUCACAUGACCUUUAUUGAUCCAUGAGGUGUGAUUGUAAUCACAGGCAAACAGCAGUAUUUUACCUUGGGCAGUUUCCUAUAAUGCUAACAUGGGUUUAGUCACCUCUGCCACAGCUCAGUGUCAGAAAGAACUAUUCAGGGGUUUAUUAAAGCUUUUUGUUUGUAAUUCAUAGCAUUGCUUUUAGAGACAAAUUGGGCUUAUAAAACAAAACAACUCAUGCAACCUGUGUUUUAAUAUGGUGAAUUGAUUAAUUCUAAAAUAAGGACGAGUGUUUGUACCAAGCGUGUGAGUAGUGAUCAAACCCUAUGGUGCUAUGCAUAAUCUUAUAUUUAAUAACUACACCAUAAAUCAUAGCAAUAGGGAGGAAGUUACAGGACUGUCCAGAAUGCUUAUUUUAAUAUCAACCAAGGGCUGUGGCAAACUUUUGAUAAGAAUAGAGAUUAUAAAUGUAAAGGGAGACAUAAUGUACAUCAACGAUAAAGUGUUAGUUGGCAAAAUUCAUUUCAUGUACUUUACGUUGCUAUAGUAAAAAAACAACAGAACAUAAGACAAAUUUUGCUUUCCCCCUUACUGAAGCAGAUUAUGUUCAAUCUAUAUGCCUCUGAUUUGAGGUGAGGACUGUUUAUAUAUAAAAUAUUUAAAUAAAUUAUGGCUUAGGAGGUUAUUAGUCGAGUCUGUAAAAGUGUAAAUCCAUAACAUACUACAUAUUUUUCACUUGUUUUUCUAUGUAUAUAUUUGCAUCGCUCAGAAUUUGCUAACAAGAAGCUGAUAUCAAACUUUAUUUUAAGAAAGGAUAAGAAAUGACAUAUGGAGCCCUGUACUUGACAUGUAGGGGAACAUGUAUAUUGUGGCCACAAAUUAACUAAUACCCAAGCAUGUUUACUGAUUUGUUCCCCUGUGUGCAAUGAAUAAUUGUUUGUUCCCUCAUUUAGUAAAUAAUAGCCAUGUUGCAAUAUUUGUUACCUUGUAGUGUAGAGAAUAAAUUAGUUCAAUGUGGCCAAGGUUAACUAAAAUGAGGGAAUAAAUGAAUAAAUUAUGGGAUUAAAUUCCAAAUUUUGCACUUGAUUUAACUAAAACAAGUGAAUUAACUUGUGAAUCAUGGCUUCAAUUUAGAGAGACAACAUUUCUGAAAUGUAUAUUAUUGAAUUAUUCAUUUCUGGCUACGAUUUUACAAUAACUGAAAGAAUUAGCAAAUAACGACUUUGAUUUACUAAAAUGAAAGAAUAAAUUAUGAAUUUGAGGCAUGACAACUAAAAUGAUUCAUCAAAUCAGAAAAUCGUGAUUGGAUUUACCAAAAAAAAAAAGAGUGAUUGAGCAAAUCGUAAUAAAUUGUACGUAUCACAUCGUUGGAAUUCAUACGAAUUAGCCACUAAAUCAAAAAGUUACAAAUUGCCCUGAGAUUGUGUUGAUUUUACGCAUUUGUCAGAAAAGCGGCUAAUUUAAACAAAUUCAUUCGUUUAAAAUCUUACAAUUUUUCAAAAAGGAAUCGGGUGUGUCUCCAAACACCACAGCUAACUCUGUCCCUCAUUGGGGGAUGAGCAAAUCGUACUAAAAAUGUACAAAUGAGAACGUACAAACUAAUGAAAAAUAGCCAAUAAAUGAAAAAGUUACGAAUUGCGUUGGAUUUAAGUGAAAUGAGCGAAUAACUUAAAAAUUUGCAAAAACCAAUUAAUUUCAACAACAGAUCAAAAUCUUAAUUUAUUGUAAUUAUUUUUGUCGUUUUUUGCCAUGAGUGAACUAAAACAAAUGAAGAAAUUAGCAAACUGUGAUUUGUGACAAAACCUGUGGCCACAAUAUAUUUUCCGCAUGUCAAAUGCAGGGCUUCAAAAUAACAUACACUGUAGAAGGAAAAGACGAAAACUAAACGAGUGACAUAACUACUACUGAGUUACCAGAUGUGAAGCUUGCUGUUGAAAAACAAGGAACGCUAAUAGUGCUCCCAGGUUGUGGCCUUUUUGGAUGAUGUUGCAGACAUACUUAUUUUCUUCACCUGCGUGGCCUCGUCUAGCUAUAUUACCAUGUUGCGUCCAUGUGGCACUAUAGUUAACUGUGCUUUAAACAACCCAUGCCCUUGAUAAAACUACAGUAGACUCACAAACGAGUCCUUAAGACAAGCCAUUACAAUAUAUAGGAAGAUUAUAGCUUGUAUUAUCGAUAUCAUGAAAUAAAUCAAAUAAACGGCAUUAGCAUCGAAAAUGUACUGUACAUUGUACUUUUUUUGUAAUAACCUCAACUCCAUACCGCCAUACCGAACCAAAAGUCAACAGCAACCUAGCAAUUGCAAAAAUCUGCAUGGUGUAUGGAAGACUGCAUGAGCUUAGCCUUUCAAAACUGAGGAUCAACUAUAUUCUGGUUGCAUCAUUUUUUUAAGCCCUUGCUGUCAUUCGUUCCUGAAGCCAUCUUCAUUAUUUAUUAGCUGUUAUUUUCAUUCCCUAAACGUUAUUUAAUCCACCGAUCAGAUUUGAUUGAUUGAUUUAUUUAUGUCGGCUUUAUUUGAGAUUCUCUUUCAGGAUGUUGAAUGAUACAUGGAUUAUAUAAUGACAUGAAUUCAUUGACACGUUUAAUUCUGCCAAAAAAAAAGAGAGCAGGAAACCCAAACUAGAGUCCAUACAGUCAUUACGUACUGGCCAUUUCAGCUACACAUUUCUGUUCAAUGAUGUUAAUGUUUGUUCCAUGUAUUUAACAUGUUUCUCUACUUUUUGUACCUUUGUUAUGCUAAAUUAUGUUCAUUUUGUUGUACAUUGACAAAGGCAUGGUCUGUGAUCUAUGCAAGGGUUCUUUUGUUUCUUAUGUCAAAUAUGAUUUGAUCAUACAUCCAAAUCAAUAAAUUUUUAAUGAUCA